CUCGUUGUGCUCCUCUCAAAUCCACAAAUCACACACUCACCAUCUUCUUUAGAUCAUCGGAGUAAACGAAACCCAAUUCUCAAAAUCCAAACUUUCCAAAAAGUCUCAAAAAAACCAAUCAUGGGUUUGAUUUCUUCUUCUUCAUCACCAGUAGAUGAAUCUCAUUACCAUACUCACAAGAUCUUCCUUUUCUCAAACUACAUCCUUCUCGGCGCCGCUUCAAGCUGCAUCUUCCUCACACUCUCUCUCCGUCUAAUCCCUUCGAUCUGCGGAUUCCUACUCAUCCUCCUCCACGCCGUAACAAUCGCCGCCGCUGUCUCAGGCUGCGCCGCCGCUUCUUGCGGGAGAAACAGGUGGUACGCUGCUCACAUGGUGACAACUGUGCUCACAGCUAUAUUCCAAGGCUCUGUCUCUGUUCUCAUCUUCACCAACACGUCAAAGUUCCUAGGGAGUCUCAAGUCGUAUGUUCGUGAGGAAGAUGCUGCUGUGAUCUUGAAACUCGGUGGUGGGCUUUGUAUUGUCAUCUUUUGUCUUGACUGGAUCGUUCUUGUUUGUGCUUUCUUCUUGAAGUACUAUGCUUAUGUCGACGGUGGUAGUGAUGGCAUUGCGAUGAAGAGAACUGGUAAGGUUCAGAGUGAGGAGAAUCCUAAGGAUUGGCCAUGGCCGUUCCAAGUUUGAAGAUUAUUGUCUUCUUUUUUGGUUUGUGGUAAGAAAUGUUUGAGUUAGAUCAAUAUCAAUUGUUGGUUUUUGAUCUGUUUCGGUGGGUAUUAUUGUGAUUUGUUCAUUUGUUUGUUUUUUUGAGUGUUUGAUGUAAUUCGUCAGUGAUCUAUUACAUAAAUAUAUAAGCCUAUGGUUUUCACUUGA